AUGCUCAACAGAAAUGCGUACCUGUGUGCACCAAUAUGUGUGAUAAAUGUGUACAAGAAUGUCCAUAGCAAGAUAGGAACUACUCUUCGCCCCUUGAGGAGUGUCGAUCCAACACAGACUGAGUACCAAGGAAUGAUUGCGAUCAUGGACGAAGGGGAUAUGAAAGGUGAGGUCUAUCCAUUUGGCAUAGUUGGGAUGGCCAACAAAGGGGAUUGCCUACAGAAAGGGGAGAGCAUCAAGUUCCAAUUGUGUGUCCUGGGCCAAAAUGCACAGACUAUGGCCUACAACAUCACACCCCUGCGUAGGGCCACAGUGGAGUGUGUGAAAGAUCAGUUUGGCUUCAUUAACUAUGAAGUAGGAGAUAGCAAGAAGCUCUUUUUCCAUGUGAAAGAAGUUCAGGAUGGCAUUGAGCUACAGGCAGGAGAGGAGGUGGAAUUCUCAGUGAUUUUUAAUCAGCACACUGGCAAGUGCAGUGCUUGCAAUGUUUGGCGAGUCUGCGAGGGCCCCAAGGCUGUUGCAGCUCCACGACCUGAUAGGUUGGUCAAUCGCUUGAAGAACAUCACACUGGAUGAUGCCAGUGCUCCUCGCCUAAUGGUUCUUCGUCAGCCAAGGGGACCAGAUAACUCAGUGGGAUUUGGUGCCGAAAGAAAGAUCCGUCAAGCUGGUGUCAUUGACUAACCACAUCCACAAAGCACAUCAUUAAUCCACUAUGAUCAAGUUGGGGGGAUUCUGGUGAAGGGUUCUGAAUAUCUCCCUCUUCAUCCCUCCCAAAAUCUGGAACACUUAUUCUAUUGAGCUAUUACACCAGUUUUAACACCUUCCUCGUGUUAUGUUUAAAAAAAUAAAUAAAUUUAAGAAAACCAUUUUAAAAUUAUGCACAGUUGCAGCCUGGAAAACUUAAGG